GCGAGCCGUGGUGGCUCCUCCUCCGCCCGCCCGGGCUGGGGCGCCCGGCUUGCGCGGAGGAUAGUGCAGAACAUCAACAUCGAUGUCCAGGACAUGUCUGCGUCGUACUCGUCCAACUUCGACGAGGGCUUCGCCUGCGGGGUGGAGCUCGAGGGGUUCAGCGUGGCCUCCACCGACGCCGACUUCGGACAGGUGUCGCCUCAGCAGGAGGCGGCCACGUCGGACAGCUCGCUGUACAAGCUCCUGCAGCUGCGAAGGCUGGGCUUCCGCAUGGCCGAGGUUGGCUGCAGGACCCUCGACGGCGCCGCGUACGUGGUAUCCCCCGUGAGUGGCAGCCUGCGGUUGUCGCACGUGCCGAGGAGGGGCGUGCUCGAGAUGCAGUUCGACAUUGCCCACGCGGAGGUGCUGGAGAUGCGCCUCAAGCGCUCGCUGGUGAAGCACCUAAGAGCGGUGCAGUCUGCUGGCUCGCAGGAGUCGGCGAGGCUUCACCACCUGCUGAUAGACCCCAGGGAGGAGGAGACCCUACUCCAGGACGUGGAGGACACCAUGGACGAGUACGGCGCCCUCUACGAGCGCCAGCUCGAGGCCGACCUCGUGACCCGCCAGCAGCGGCGCAUGCAGCUGCUCGAGGACGCCCUGUCGGUGAGACUGCUGGCACGGAGGCGGCUCCUGGUCCACGAAAAACUUUUGGUCCGCGAGCUCGAG